GCUAGCUUGCUGGCACGAGCCAUGCUUCGGUGGCCUUCGUGACGUCCUCUGGAGAUGGGUUCGUUGCGCCGAAGAGCACGUCGAUAGACAGAAACGAUAGAGAAAAGAGUAGGCAAUACGGGACACCGCCAGGACCCGAGCGUUUCUGCGCAGUAAUCGCGUCCUAUUCCCGCCGCCGACGGGUCCCCAGGAUCACAAUCCUCGCGUGCUCCAGCAGUCACUCGUCAACCUCACCGCCGGCCCCCUGCACCUCCCGGCAUUAGGAGCUCUAACGCCGCGUCCACGCCUGUCGAGAAGAGAUGCGGUAUAAGUGCCCGCUGGCGCCAUGCGCCGCUAGACCUAUAAAUAUGAAGCCAAGACACUCCCCCACCUAGGAGGGAGGGAGAGCGUAAGGGACAGAGCCCUCCGGCCGAAUAGAUCCGAACAGCUUCAGCAACCAGUCCGCGCCCGCUAUUCCCCCCGGGCCUCACUUGACCCGACUUAUAAACACAGGCAUACAAACAUACCCCGACCCGCAGUCAUGCCCCCGACCUUCACCACCCCCGCGCGGCCGCUGACCUGGCUGAUCACGGGGUGCUCGUCGGGGUUCGGGCUGGCGCUCGCGCGGGUGGCGCAGGCGGGCGGGCAUACGGUGAUCGCGACGUCGCGGGAGCCGGGGCGGACGCCGGAGCUGGUGGCGGAGGUGGAGGGGCGCGGGGGGCGGUGGCUGCGGCUGGACGUGGCGGCGGGCGGGGGCGAGGGCGACGAUGCGGACCCGGAGCUGGCGGCGGCGCUCGCGCGCGCCGACGUGCUCGUCAACAACGCCGGCGCCGCCGUCUUCGCGCCCGUCGAGACCGCCACCGACGCCGAGCUGCGCGCCCACCUCGACACCAUGUACCUCGGGCCCCUGCGCCUCGUCCGCGCCGUCCUGCCCCACAUGCGCCGCCGCCGCUUCGGCGUCGUCGUCAACAUCAGCAGCGGCGCGUCGCUCGACGGCCGCGAGGCCAUGGGCGCCUACGCCGGCGCCAAGGCCGCGCUCGACGGCAUAACCCGCGUGCUCGCGAAGGAGGUAGCGCCGUUCAACAUCCGGACGCUGACCGUCGUGCUCGGCAUGUUCAACACGAACAUGGCGCGCGCGACGGGCGUGGGCGCCGCGCCGCUGCCCGCCGACUACGCCGGGUCCGUCGUCGAGCGCAUGGUCGAGUUCGCCGCGGCGCGCGGCAGCGCCGCGAUCCCCGGCCCGCCCCCGGCCGCCGGCGACAAGGACAAGGCCAUGCGCGCCGUCUACGAGGUCGUCCUCGGCCGCGGCAGCGCCGGCGCCGGCCGCGGCGACGAGACCCUCCUCCUCCUCGGCGCCGACAUGACGGCCCGCGCCGAGGGCGUGCGCGCCUACCUCGGCCGCGCCCUCGAGGCGUUCAAGGACGUGACUGGCAACGUCGGCGUCGACCCUUGA